AUCAACUAUAUCAAUACAGAACGGCGAACACCAAAUAUCCGUUGAGACUUGUGAGAGUUGUGGACUUAUGGCUAAGGUUCGGUCUCCGGCUAACAACUGACAAGUAACAACACUCUAUAGUCAAUUCGAAAAAAUUUAAACAAUAAUUAAAUGGCAUGCGGUCAAUAAUAACUAAAUUCAAUUAAAACGUUUAAACAUUUUCAAUUUUUUUUUUUUACGAAAAACAAAAUUUUGACUGUUUUUGGCAAGUAGUAUUUGUUCCCAGUUUUAAAAAUAUUAAUUGUUUUAAAUAAAUCAUCUAUCUAACAUGGAGCCAAUGGCGUUGGGUUCUCCGUCGCACGAUAGUCCACAAAAACCAUCUUAUUUGCCCGGAUUCUUGAUGGGCGAACGAGCACAAACUCCAGUCAACAACAUAUCCAUAAGUGCUAUGUCUCCAAUGCAUUCAAACCGCAGCCAUGCUUCUGAUGUACAUUCGACGUUUUUAAUGAGAAAUUUUCAUAACGAGCUCAGUGACAAACCGUCUUCAACACCGAUUUUAAACAGAGUCAAUGAAGAACCAUCAAAAGCUCCCACAAUCGAUCUGUUUGAUAUGCUCAAUGCAUCUGAUUAUAAAGAAGAACAAUGCAAUAACAAAGAAAAUAAAGAAUUUUAUUCAGAACGCAACGACUUAGUACUACCAAAAAAAUCAUCAGUAAAUUGGAUUACUAUAUUUGGUUUUUCAUUGGCUAACAAAGAAGAAAUAUUGUCAAAGUUCACACACAUGUCAUCAUGCUGUGAUGUUAGAGAAGCAGGACCAAAUUGGGCUCACAUAUGUUUUAGUGAUUCCACCGACUAUCAUCGUGCUCUAUUAUUUAAUGGUCAUGUAACUAGUAAUGGUGCAAUGAUUGGAGUUAUUCAGUGCAACGAUAAGACCAUUUUGAAUGAAAGUGCCAUUCCAAACGCAUGUACUGGUGCACAUGCCGAAGUGUUAGCAAAACCUAUCCGGUCACCAAUUUUAGGUCAACAAUGUACAAGUCCCAACAAUUCUAUUAUUCGGAGAAAUAAUAUAAGACCAAUGGUCGGUAAGCCUUUGCCAGUUCAACAAAACGAUAAUGCACCAUCUGCGACAACUUCAAACGGAAUCGUUACGAAAACUUUGGAAUACUUAUUUGGAUGGUAGAUAAAUGGUGAAAUAGUAUGACUAAACUGGUUGGUUGUAAUUCAUAAAACUACGUGUAUUUUUGCAUGGAUUUUUUUUUUUAAAUUAAUACAUAUAAUUUUAUACAAUUAUUAUUGCUGUGAGUUAGUAUAAUAUCAAACUGAUGCCAACGCUUUGAUUAUAUUAUAAUAAAUGUCCAAACCUUUUAUGAAUAUAUUCUCAUUGAGAAAUUCAUUAUGAUCGUGAGCUAAUGGUGUAGUAUGAUUCAUAGGGGAAAAGCCCAGAGCUGGUAUUCCCACCUAAAAACAAAUAAUUAAUAAGUAAAAUAUAAACAUUAUUUAAAAACUAUGACUCUCAAGUUUACGUUUCUUAUAAAUCUGCUAUCUGUUGCUCCAGUAAAUAUGCAAGGAUUGAUUUUUAACUUCCUGAAAUAAUUACACUACCAUGUUAUUAUUUUCAAAUUUAAUGGGAUUACUACUUACAUAUUGUUGCAUUCCCUUUUAAAUGCGGCCCACCAAAGAUUGUUGUCGCAUAUUUUGGUUGGGGGAACGCGUAUCGGAUCUUUUUUAAACUCAACGCUAACGCCUUCACCAGCUUCAAUACACCAACUUUUAACAACUUCCUCCAUUUCUUUUGGGUCUUCUUCGACCGCUAAACGAAUAUCAAAUGAGACAGAUAUUUCCGGAGGAAGUACAUUGAACUGACAUCCUCCGUUAAUUUUAGUUAGGUUAACAGACGUCACGUCUCCUGGCUCUAAGUUUGUAUUUCUUAGUCUAGUCUUUUCACGUUCUCUCCAAUUCAUAAAUUUAUUGAUGAUGUACUGUAGUUUUUCACCAGCUGUACUCUCGUAUAAUAUUGAUCCAUGACCAGUUGUUCCAGUACAAGUGAUAGUUAAACCUAUAAACCAUACAAUUUAUUCAUGUUGUAAUUUAAAUUAGCUGUUAAUUAUAACUUAAUAACCUAAACUCUUUACCCCAAAUAGUCCUUUCUCCAUAAAACACAUUGAAUACUUCAUUAGGUGUAGCUUUUCCUUCGUCCAAAACAAAGCCAAUAUUCAUUUCAGCAAACUCGGAAGUUUUGAUAAAUUUACGAAUUCCAAAAAGACUUCCCGUUUCUUCAUCUGAAAUUUAAAUUUUAAAUAUUAUAAUUACUUUACUGUGGUGUUUGAAUUAGGCAAUGCUUUAUUUAAUACUUUUUUUUUUUACUUGAUCUUGAUGUUAGAAUGUUUUUUUUUACAAAUUACAGAAUUAUACAUAAUGUUACCUGGCGUAAAACACAAGUGUAUGGUUCUUUUAAAAUUCAAUUUCUCUUGCAAAUAUUUCUUAAUUGUCUCUAUAUAUUGAAUGCUCACACAUUUCAUAUCUUGUGCACCUCUAGCAUAUAUGUUUCCAGUUUCGUCUUUGUAUGCUGAAAAAGGGUCGUGUUUCCAACAUUUCUUAAAAAAAAAAUAAGAAAAAUACAUUAUUACAAAUAAAUGUUUACGAUCGUUUAAGCACUAUAAGUAUUAACCGGAUACACUGGAACUACAUCCAUGUGAGAACUAAGCAGUACUGAUGGUAGUUCCGGUUGUUUUCCGGAUAACGUAAUAACUACAAUUGGUGUGUUUGGACUCAUGUAGUGGACUUUAAUCGGAAGACCCAAUUUUUCAGCUUGGCCCUUAAAAAACUUAACACUAUCGCCUGUAAUCAUUAACAUAUUGUUAAUAAACUCAACCAAAUAAUAAUUUUUUUUGUAUAGAAACUAUUUUUAAAUUACUCUUACUGUAAUUGACGUUUGGCUGAACAGAUGGUAUACGUAAAUACUCCCUGAAGAGUGUGACGGAUUCAUUUUCAGUUGUAUUCUCGGCCAUUUUAUCGUAUGGACUCUGUAAAGCAAAACUAAAAUAUAGUAUUUUAUUUCUAAUAAACAAUAGUAUAUGAUUAUGAUAAGCCAAAAUAAUUUUUUUGUUGAUUUAAUGAUAAACUAACAAAUUUUUAAUCUUUUCAAUUUUCCUAUUACAUUUAAACUAUUAUUAAAGCUCUUAUACUUUUUUGUAAUUGUUACUCAACAAUAAUUGAAUGGUUUAGUCACAAUAAUUUUACUUGACAACUAAGUGUGU